ACAGACGCCCCUGCUGCCUGCCUUACACACACACAUGUCGUGGUGGCCACCAGAGACGAGGUAGUAAGCGACGGGGCUCAGGGGAUAGAGGGACGCAGGAGGAGGAAACAGGGACGACUGGUGGUAGUGCAAACGAGAGGAGGGCUGGAGCAACGGUGACUGGAGUAGCGGUAGCAGUAGCAGCGGCACUAUGGCGCAAGCCGCCAAGCAGCUCCGCAAGACCAAGGACCUUGCGGAGGCCGCCGCCCAGGAGCAGAGGGAGAAGGAGGAGGAAAAGUUAAAAAAGAGGAAUCGAUCCAGGGACCGUAGGCGCAAGGCCGAUGCAGCGACCAGCUUCCUGCGUGCAGCUCGUUCAGGGAACCUGGACAAGGCUCUGGAUCACAUCAAGAAUGGAAUCGACAUCAACACAGCUAAUCAAAAUGGUCUCAACGGGUUACACUUGGCCUCUAAAGAAGGUCAUGUCAAAAUGGUCCUGGAGCUGCUGCAUGCUGGCAUUGAGCUGGAAGCCACAACUAAGAAAGGGAACACAGCUCUUCAUAUCGCAGCGCUGGCAGGGCAGGAGAAAGUGGUGGCUGAGCUCGUCAACUAUGGUGCCAACGUUAAUGCCCAGUCACAUAAAGGGUUUAGUCCUCUCUACAUGGCAGCACAGGAGAAUCACUUAGAGGUUGUCAAGUUUCUGCUUGAGAACGGUGCCAAUCAGAGUCUCCCAACUGAGGAUGGCUUUACUCCCCUGGCAGUAGCGCUACAGCAGGGCCAUGAAAAUGUUGUGGCACUGCUCAUAAACUAUGGCACCAAGGGCAAGGUCCGUCUCCCUGCACUGCACAUCGCUGCCCGAAACGACGACACACGUACCGCUGCAGUGCUCUUGCAAAAUGACCCAAACCCAGAUGUUCUCAGCAAGACUGGUUUCACACCUCUCCAUAUUGCAGCUCACUAUGAGAAUAUGAGUGUUGCCCAGCUGCUGCUGAACAGAGGAGCCAAUGUAAACUUCACCCCCAAGAAUGGCAUCACACCCCUUCAUAUAGCCUCCAGGAGGGGUAAUGUGAUGAUGGUCAGACUACUGCUGGACAGAGGAGCACAGAUUGAUGCCAAAACUAAGGAUGAGCUGACUCCUCUUCACUGUGCAGCCAGGAAUGGGCAUGUUCGUAUCAUUGAGAUCCUGCUGGAACACGGUGCUCCCAUCCAGGCUAAAACCAAGAACGGAUUGUCCCCCAUCCACAUGGCAGCUCAGGGGGAUCACAUGGACUGCGUCAGGCAGCUACUGCAGUACAAUGCUGAGAUUGAUGACAUCACGCUGGACCAUUUGACCCCUCUUCAUGUAGCAGCUCACUGCGGUCACCAUAGGAUGGCCAAAGUCCUUCUAGACAAGGGGGCUAAGGCAAAUGCACGAGCUCUUAACGGCUUCACACCUCUCCAUAUUGCUUGCAAGAAGAACCACAUGCGGUCUAUGGACCUGCUGCUUAAGCACUCUGCUUCCCUAGAAGCUGUCACAGAGUCUGGUCUCACUCCUCUUCAUGUAGCAGCUUUCAUGGGCCACCUGAACAUAGUAAAGAACCUGCUCCAGAGAGGGGCUUCACCUAAUGCUUCCAAUGUGAAAGUGGAGACUCCCCUCCACAUGGCCUCUAGAGCUGGACACUGUGAAGUUGCUCAGUUCCUGUUGCAGAACGCAGCACAAGUGGAUGCCAGGGCUAAGGAUGAUCAGACACCCCUACACUGUGCAGCCCGCAUGGGCCACAAGGAGCUUGUCAAGCUGCUGCUUGAGCACAAGGCCAACCCAGACUCAGCAACAACUGCAGGCCACACUCCUCUUCACAUCUCAGCACGUGAAGGACAUGUCCACACUAUCCGGAUCUUGCUAGACGCUGGAGCACAGCAGAUAAAGAUGACAAAGAAAGGCUUCACUCCUCUCCAUGUGGCCUCUAAAUAUGGGAAAGUGGAUGUUGCUGAGCUCCUUUUGGAAAGAGGAGCCAACCCUAAUGCAGCUGGGAAGAAUGGUCUGACACCCCUUCAUGUGGCCGUCCAUCACAACAACCUGGAUGUUGUUAAACUGCUGGUCAGCAAGGGAGGAUCUGCACACAGCACUGCCCGAAAUGGUUACACCCCCCUACACAUAGCAGCCAAGCAGAACCAGAUGGAAGUGGCCAGUUGUCUGCUUCAGAAUGGAGCGACACCCAACGCAGAAUCCCUUCAAGGCAUCACACCCCUACACCUGGCUUCACAGGAGGGGAGACCCGACAUGGUGGCCUUGCUUAUCUCCAAACAGGCCAAUGUUAAUCUAGGGAACAAGAAUGGGUUGACCCCUCUGCAUCUUGUAGCUCAGGAAGGUCAUGUUGGAAUAGCUGACACACUGGUGAAACAAGGAGCUUCAGUUUAUGCUGCCUCACGAAUGGGUUACACACCCCUUCAUGUGGCCUGUCACUAUGGCAACAUCAAGAUGGUGAAGUUCCUUCUGCAACAACAGGCUCAUGUGAAUAGCAAGACAAGGAUGGGCUAUACCCCUCUGCACCAAGCAGCUCAGCAGGGCCACACCGACAUUGUCACUCUUUUGUUAAAACACGGAGCCCAGCCAAAUGAGAUAACUUCGAAUGGGACUUCUCCCCUCGGUAUUGCUAAGCGGCUGGGUUAUAUCUCUGUCAUUGACGUGCUGAAACUGGUUACCGAGGAGUCCGUCUCCGCGAUCACUACAGAGAAGCACCGGAUGAGCUUUCCGGAGACAGUAGAUGAGAUUUUGGAUGUUUCAGAGGAUGAAGGGGUUGCCCAGCUAACGUUAGGAGACGAGUUGCUCGGGAUGGAUGGUGCACGCUAUUUGAAGCUUGAUGACUUUAAGGACCAGGACGAUGACUUCCUCUCCCCAAAGAAAACCCUUAGAGACUUCGAGGGAGGCAUGGGUACCACGCCUUAUUCUCCUGCAAUUCCAAGGAUCCCUUGUGUGUCUCCAGAGACUGUACUUUUGGAUCAGCACACCCCAGUCCCGCUGCCAAAGGAGUAUGACGAAGACUCUCUUAUCCCAAGCAGUCCUGCUACAGAGACUUCAGAUAAUGUCAGCCCUGUGGCCAGCCCCAUUCACACCGGCUUCCUGGUGUCUUUCAUGGUGGAUGCUCGAGGAGGCUCCAUGAGAGGCAGCAGACACCACGGCCUGAGAGUUAUCAUUCCUCCUCGCACGUGCACUGCCCCAACACGCAUUACCUGCCGUUUGGUCAAACCUCAGAAACUGACCACACCACCCCCUCUGGUGGAAGGGGAAGGGCUUGCAAGCCGGAUCAUCUCCCUUGGGCCAUCCAGUAUGCAGUUCCUUGGGCCCGUAAUAGUUGAAAUCCCCCACUUUGCCUCACUGGGCCGAGGGGACAGAGAGCUUGUAGUCCUCCGCAGUGAAAAUGGUUCUGUCUGGAAAGAACACCGCAAUCGCUAUGGUGACGAAGUGCUAGAAACUAUUCUGAAUGGCAUGGAUGAAGACCUGGAGAGUCAAGACGAGCUGGAGAAGAAGCGAAUCCGUCGGAUCAUCUCCACUGACUUCCCGCUCUACUUUGCUGUGGUCUCUCGAAUUCAGCAGGAGAGUGAUCUGAUUGGCCCAGAAGGUGGCAGGUUGACCAGUAAACUUGUGCCCCAUGUGGAGGCCAUCUUCCCUGAAACAGCUGUGACCAAGAGAGUGAGACUGGGACUGCAGGCGCAGCCCAUCCCUGAUGAGCUGCUGACUCGGCAGCUUGGUAACCAGGCGACCUUCAGCCCAGUGGUUACCAUCGAGCCACGUCGACGCAAAUUUCACCGUCCAAUCGGGCUGCGCAUCCCUUUGCCACCCUCUUGGAGGGAGAGUCCUCGGGAUGCUGGGGAGGGUGAUACCACCAGCUUGCGCUUGCUCUGCAGUGUCAUUGGAGGCACAGCACCAGCUCAAUGGGAGGACAUCACUGGAACCACCAAACUGAUGUACGCCCACAACUGUGCAAAUUUCACUACCAAUGUCUCCGCCAGAUUCUGGCUGGCAGACUGUCCACGCACAGCAGAGGCAGUGACCUUUGCAAAUUUGCUGUACCGGGAGCUGAUGGCUGUUCCAUACAUGGCCAAGUUUGUUAUCUUUGCAAAGAUGAAUGAAGCUCGUGAGGGACGCCUACGGUGUUACUGCAUGACAGAUGAUAAGAUGGACAAAACAUUGGAGCUGCAUGAAAACUUCACUGAAGUUGCCCGCAGUCGAGACAUUGAGCUGAUGGAAGGCAUGCCGCUGCACCUGGAGUGUUCUGGUAACCUAGUACCCAUCAGGAAGGCCACCCAGCAGCCUCGCAGCUUCAGCUUCCAGGCCUUCAGAGAUAACAGGCUGCCUGUCUCUGUCAAGGUGAGAGAUAGUAACAAGGAUGCGGUUGGCUUUUUGUCCUUUCUGCGGAAGUGCACCAAGUAUGAGGAUACACAGCAUGUACUGUGUAACCUAAACAUAACCAUGCCACCCUGCGUCAAGGUGGUUGGAAGUGAAGAACGAAGGCGAACUUUAACCCCCCUCGCCCUGAGGGAACGCUACAGUGCACUCAACGAGCCUGGUGUGGCCACAGUGAAUGCAAUGGAAAGAACUGAGAUUAAGAUCAACAUCAUAUCUGAACAGUUGGGUUUGAGCUGGGCAGAGUUAGCCCGUGAGCUUCAGUUUGGUGUGGAUGACAUCAAUAGAAUUCGUGUGGAGAAUCCCAACUCACUUUUGGACCAAAGUUCUGCCUUGCUCAGUCUGUGGGCCAGCAGAGAAGGCAAAAGGGCCAAGAUGGAGAGCCUGUACACUGCUCUGAAAAACAUUGACCGUGCAGACAUUGUUACCUCUCUGGAGGGUCAAGCUCCACAACCAGCACCAGGUUCUUCAGAGGAGGGAGCCUGUCGACUCAGUGACCGUGACUCAACCCUGCUGUCCCCGAGUGUCAUCAAUGGCCAGCAGGUAUACGCUCAAAGGUGUGAGAUAUCGGGACUGAGUCGCGCUUCAGAACACAAUGGAGAUAACCGUAUGGUUGGCGGUGGAGCAUUUCAGCCGUACUUACCAGACAAGGACACCCUGCAGGGCUGGGUGGGCUCAGUGUCAUCAGGACGUGAUGGCAGCAUGCCAGGCUUGCGUGUGGCCCAAGAGGCGUUACUGACUCCGAGAGAAGAUAAAGAGGACUAUAGUACUGAGGUGCAGUUUGCCUCUGAACAGGGCAAGAUGCUGGCACGAAAGGACCGGAAAGCCACUGCCAAACCACCCUCCAAAAAAACACAACCAGAGCGAAGAUGGAAAUGAACAAAGGAGAAGAGGAAGAGUGACACAAAGACUAACAAAUCCAAACUACAUGGCAAACACCGAAUCAUCCUCAAUGUGUGAUCAUGGAGCACCACAAAAGAAGAGAGACAGAAGAAAAGGAGAGGAGUUAUACUUGUAGUUUUAUAACAUUUGUAAAGAAACACGUCAACUAAACUAUGGCAUGAAGAUUCUUUUUUUUUUGUUUUUUUUUACAAAAAAACAUAAAUGUCUGUGAAACUACAGAGAAAAAAAGCAACAAAAAGUGCUUCCUGUGAACUGUAUUCGCAUGAUGACUGCUGGUGCAUGCCCAUUGACCUUUUGAACUGUCAUUAUCUACAAACUGAAGGGGUAAAAGGUAUGGGGCUGGCCAACUCUUUGGACAGGUGUCGUUUUAAGGACCUAAUCCCCCCCUAACUAAAGUGGCAAGCAAGUUAAGUCCAAAAACACUACAGCCAAAAAAAAAGUCCCCAAGAGGAUGGUUCCGUAUUCAGCUAAUCCUCCGCUGAGCCUACCAGUGCUUCUUCACCGGACCUUUUCCCUUAUUAUUCUCAAUGUGAUAUAUGCACUCUAUGCUACGUGGACAUGUGUCACUGUGUGUAUGUGUGUAUGUGUGCGUGUACUUUUCUCUACCGCAUGUGUUUCUUGCUUCUGGCUUUGUGCUGAGACACGGGUCACGAGUGGCUCUUGCCCCUGUGAUGUCAUGCCGUGCUCAGCGCUGGAAUGAGAAAGCCGCUGCGCUCCCCUGCUCGUAAGUGUUCCUGUCUGCGUGUUUUGACGUCUUUUCCUUUGUGGAUAAGCUUGUUUCUUGUUAUUGUUUCUUUCUGAAACUUGUCCACCUUGGUUUUUAAGCAGAGUUCAACCUUGGUAUGGAAACUGAAGCUCUUUGAAUCCUCAUGUUUUAAGGGGAAAUGUGUUUUUCAGACAACUGGGAAUGUGCUCUUUGAAAGAGGUCAGUUGCUAGUUUGCAUUGUGCAGCAGCCUAACAAUACAAAGAUGUAACUUAUUUCCUCCCUUGUGACCUCUUCUACCUUCUUCCAUCAUUACUUCCAGUAGCGCAGUCAUACUGAUCCGCAAUCUUUAUCAGUAGCCUCAGUCAAUAUGCAGAGAAAUCACAAGCCUCUCCAUUAGCAUCUUUUGCGCCUCCAUAUCAGUUUAAAAACUUUGCGUGUGCACGCUUAUCUGUUUGCAAUGGCUGUAGGGCCUCACUUUAAAACUUUCACCUGUAAGACAGAAGUGGAGAAAUAACGGGGAGUAUCUGAUUCAUGUGAGGGUUUGGAUGAUGACUAGCAAAAUGGCAGAAAGCAUAAAACAGCAUAAGGUUUCAACAUAUGAAUGGUACUGUGCAGUGAGGACAGACAGCUAGCACUGUGAUCGUCAUGUUACCACUGACCCCAGACUCGUGAACUGUGAAGAUAUACAAACAUUCAUAUAAACCAAGAAAAGCACAGUAUAUAUAUAAACGUACAUAAUCAGAAAAACAUCACAUCAUUUAAUAACCAUUGCUAGGUCAAGGUGUCAGAGGACAGUGAUUUGGAGAAUACCACAGCAAUAAUACCUAACAACAAACAAAAAAGAUGGAGGCCAGGCUUCUGUAUUAUCUGUAACAAGAGUGAACUGGAAGGUGUAACUGACUGAACUCCUCAGUGAACACAGAAACUCCAUCUGGAUGAACAGCAGUCGAGUUGACAUUGGGCUGCUGUGAAGUUCAGUCGACCUUGAUGUUAAUGAGUCACAGUCAAUGCACUGAUCCAAGAUCAGAUGACUCAGCAGUAGCAGUGUGGGAGGCCUGAGACAUUGUUUUAUUUUAAAUCUAUUUAUUUAUUGUGUUAUUUUCCAGCACCUAACGUAGCAAAAUAUAAACCAGGAUAUGUUGUAUCACACUAAUAUUUACUAAGAAGUGUGCUGCUACUAAGAAGUGUGGAAACCACUUUAUUGCAUUUUCUUGUAUUGGGUAUAUAGGUUGUUUUGAUUGUGUCAUAUUGGCAUCCCUGUAAACCACCCCUCAUCACUUACUUUAUGCAUAAAUCCAACGGCAGCACUAUGACGGGGUCAUAUCAUAGUAGCACACAUUUUUCUGGAAAAACACAAUAUUUAAGUACUGUAAAUGCUACUGUAGCCUGAAUGAGUGAGAUACUGAAUGAAUGAAUGCAUGUAGACAUUAGUUACACAUCGCACAUAUGCACAUAUUUUCCAUGCCCGGUCCGUGCACUAGAGCCUCAUCAGAUAUAGCACGUUUAUUACAUAUCACAUGUUUUCCACUGUAUCUCCACUCAGGUUUUCAGUUCUGCUCAGUCAGAAUCAAAAUGUUUUUUCCUUUUGUUUAUGUUAGGAGUCCUCCUCUCAAAGACAAGACACAAAGUGUGCUUCAGGAUCAGGCUUUGGUUUGGGGGACGAUUAGGGGGCGUUUUGGGAUUCAAAGGGUUCAAUCAAGGGGGUGGAUGGUGAAGCAAGAUGGAUGAUGGGUGAGCAUCGUUGUGAGUGAUUGAGUGUGUAUGCGUGUGGUGGUGGUCCCCUUUGAUUCAAAUGACACCAAAAAUGACAGAAUAUGUAGUCAGAAAAAACUCAGAUGUUUGCAUGCAGAGCUUCCAUGGAGCCGCAGUGACAACUGAUAUUCAUUUGUUUUUAACCAGUAAUGAGCAAAAAAGUGUUUGUUGAAGUAAAUCUUUCUCAACAUGAAGUAAAGGGCAACAAAGACAGUUUCACCUGAUAGAAAUACAGUCUUUCCAGUGAUUUAUUGGGUUUACUAUUUGACUUCUGUAAUAUUACCAAAGCAGCUGCUUAACCUUGACAACAAGACACCUUCUAUUUCAUUUACUUUCUUCUUAACUUUCAUAAAUGAUGAGGGUUUAUUUUAACUCCUGUUGUUCUACAAUUCUUUAAACUGUUCUCUUUACAGCAGUUUUCACUGCAUUGCAUCACAGUCAUUAAAACACAAGUAAAUAUGACAUUUUCAUUUUUAGUUCCAGAUUCUGUCUUCCUUGGUUGUGAUUCAAAAUGCAUAUCAGUUUCCCUUGGCAGACAGUGCUUGUAAAGCUGAUAAUACAGUUUUAAAGAAUAUCAUAUAAGAUAACUCUAAAACUGGUCUUUAUUCUUCUUUCAAGCAGUCAGUUCAUUAUUAUGCAUUCUAAAAAGUUUCAGUACUUGUUAAAUGUGGGGGAAUUUAUUGACAGAAAAUAUCACUGGAAAUUUAGCAAAAAAUGUGAGAUUACAUGUUUAUAAAUUAAUCUGUUUUAAACCCAGAACAAUUUUACGACGCAUUAAGCACUUUGUGUAGUAUAUUAUUAGGUUUUUAGUUUUUCGUUUUAACCUUAGGUGGAUAAUUUGGAAUUGAACUCUUGAAUAAAUCAGUGAGCACCCACCAUGUUGUGUGUGUAUGGGAUGGGUGUGUGUGGGAUGUGUGUGUGUAUGUGUGUGAUGCUUGUUCUAAACCUGCUUAGAUUAGGGGGAAGAAGAUAAAUUUGACUGGAAAUGUGACUUGAGAGGACAUGUAACCAAGGAUGCUGUAUUCUAAGAAAGAGUAUUGUAAAAAAUAAAAAUAAAUAAGUGUUGCAAAGAAUAGAGAUCACCUAUACUCCUUUAGAAUGGAUACAUGACAAUGUAAACGCAAUAUCAUAUUACUCUAUCCUAAGGAAUGCAACUGCGCACAUGCACAAAAAAUAUGUUUUUAUGAAAAUAUAUGUAUAAAUAUAUGACAAAAUAUAUUUCAUUAGAAUGCUAUGCACCCUCAUAGAAUUGUUAUGGAUGUUCUUUAAGCAUUAUCUAGACUAGGCCGACGCCCACAUCAUGGGGAAUGUAGAGGCUUUGUAGCUAUGACCACUUGUUUUCUUUUCUUUUUUAUUGUCCCAGAGAGAGGAUAAACAAACGUGAAUAUGUAUACAAGCCUUUCAAUCAGAAUCAUUCUGACAUGAAGAUAUGUAUAGACCAUCUUACCCUGUACACCAGCUCAAACCAUUUACAAGAAUUAAUAAACA